ACACCAAUCAUUUCAGUUUGAUUGUAUUAAUCUUUGCUUCAAGGAAUGCUAUGGUUUGAAAAAGAAAACACCAAUCUGCAAUCACCCAUAAAAAUUAAAUUGUUAUUAUCUUGACAAGUUUAUCCUAGGACAUCAGGUGCAGGGUAAAUGCUCUGCGCUUAACUAUAUUUGAGCUACGAACCCCUUAUCCAUUAAUAGUAUAUAUUCUUAGACAUUAUAUAAGCGUGUAUUUGUAAUCAUCCAUGUACAUUUAUCUUUCUUGUAUGUUCUAUUGCUAAUUACUAGUUUCAAUAUUGAAUUUCCAGAUGGGGAUCCCAUGAAACUUAGACAAUCUUUUGGUCCAUCCAAUGAGUUCAUCAAAUCCCUCCACCAAAACAAAAAACCUGAUAUGCUCAUCCACAGAAAGAAAGCAUUGCUAAAUGAAGCCCAACUUCUAGCCUCUUGUGCCUUCGAAAAUGGCACCGAAUGGGGGGAAGAGGUUGGUUUCAUGUAUGGGUCUGUGCUGGAAGAUUACUUGACAGGGUUUCGCUUGCAUUGCAAAGGUUGGAUUUCAGUGUAUUUUAAUCCACCAAGGCCACAGUUCUUGGGCAGUGGCACCACCAAUUUGGAUGACUUUUUAGUCCAAGGGACUAGAUGGACCUCUGGGUUGGUUGAUGUUGCUAUCUCCAAGUUUUGUCCUCUUAUAUAUGGCCCUUUGAAAACGUACACUUUCGUUCAAAGCAUGUGUUAUGCAGAACUUGCUCUUUUCCCCAUUUUCUAUUUCUUGCCGUUGUGGUGCUUUGCUACCAUACCUCAGCUCUGCCUACUCAAUGGUAUUCCUUUGUACCCAGAGGUCUCAAAUUCAUACUUCAUCGUAUUUUCGUUCGUAUUCCUAUCGUCGAUUUUGAAACAUUUAUACGAGGUUCUCUCAACGGGAUUUACAUUUCAACAUUGGAUAAAUGAGCAAAGGAUAUGGAUGAUGAAGUCAGUUACAUCUCACUUAUAUGGUAGUGUGGAUGCCUUCAUGAAGAAAAUUGGUAUGAGAGAAGCCAGUUUCUUCCCAACCAACAAAGUUGACGAUGUUGAGCAACUCAAGCGUUACAAUAUGGGGGUGUUUGAUUUCCAAACAUCAAUAUUAUUUCUUGCUCCAAUGGCUGCUUUGGUGAUCUUGAACAUGGCUUCCUUUGCUGUUGGGAUUUCUAAAGUCAUAUUUUUAGGGGAGUUGGACAAAUUUUUCAUACAAGUAUUCAUACCCUUUUAUGUCAUUUUGAUGAACUACCCUAUCAUUGAAGGGAUGCUGAUAAGGAAAGACAGGGGUCGCAUUCCACCAUCAGUCACAUUACUCUCUGCCGUAGUUUCCUUGAUUUUCUAUUUUUUGGGUUCUAUUAUUUUCAUGUAGCAAGGCCAAUAGGGCCAUGGCCGGUGUCCAUGAUAUUUCCAUUUUUCUGAGUUAAUAA